UGCAGUGUUUGGCAUUUUAUUUCAUCAGAAGGAUGUCGCGGGAGUGCGUUUUCCUUGUCGUCGGUGGUGGCAUAGCUGGCGUUAGCUGUGCCGAAACCUUGGCCAUCUGCCGACCAUCGGCAUCCAUUCUCCUGCUCACCGAGUCCAGCAUUGUGAAGAGUGUCACGAAUUUGGUGCCGGUCGCCCGGUAUCUGUACAAGUUUGAUGUGAGGGAACAGAAUGUCUCCGAAAUGGGAGCCACCGUGGACACGCUCGUGGACCAGCUGGAGCACAUCAACAGCAGUGAGCACUGGGUCCGCACUAGGAACGGUGUGGUGAUUCGUUAUCGCUACCUUUGCCUUUGCACCGGUGGAGCCCCCAAAUUGUUCAGCUCUGCUGCCAAUGAAUCACGCAUCAUUGGCAUUCGAGAUACAGACUCUGUGUUGGAACUACAGCGACGAUUAGCAGCGGCCAAGGAUGUCAUGAUCCUGGGAAACGGAGGAAUCGCCAGCGAGCUGGCUUACGAGCUCAAGAACGUUAAUGUCCAUUGGGUGGUUAAGGAUAGCCACAUCUCUGCCACAUUCGUUGAUCCCGGAGCCGCAGAGUUCUUUCAACUGGCAAGAAAGGAAGUGAAAGAUGAGGGUUCUGCCCCAAAAACAGCGAUUAAGCGGAUGCGUUACGACGAAAUGCUGCCCAAGGAUCAGGAUAAUAAGCAUGGCGCUGCCUUGGGUCCGGACUGGCAUCGCACCUUUGAUUUGAGCGGUGCGGCGGAAACGAUCGGAGAUAAGAGCUUACCCAAAAUCUACUACAAAUCCCACAUAGAGGAGUACACGGAAGUUGAGCCCGAGGCAGGAGGAGGUCUGAGCAUCAAGCUGAGACACGAGGAUGGAAGCUCUGAGCAGUUGACCUGUGACUUUAUAGUUUCCGCCACUGGCGUCCAGCCACGCCACGAAUACACUACCGAUGUCCCAAUCAAGUUUUCCGAAGACGGUGGCAUUUCGGUGGAUGAAAUGAUGCGGACCAAUCUGCCUGAUGUUUACGCAGCAGGAGAUGUUUGUACAGCCGACUGGUCACCUGCGCCCCACUGGUUUCAGAUGCGCCUGUGGACACAGGCCCGUCAAAUGGGUUCCAUGGCGGGCAGGAGCAUGGCAGCAGUUAGUGAGGGCGAAACUGUCUACCAGGACUUUUGUUUCGAGCUCUUUGGCCAUGUAACGCAGCUUUUUGGAUAUCCUGUGGUACUACUGGGCCGCUUUAAUGGCCAGGAUCUGGGACAGGACUAUGAGAUCCUAGUGCGUUGCACCCGCAACAAGGAAUACAUCAAGUUUGUACUACAGAAUGGAAGGCUGCGCGGCGCAAUCCUCAUCGGAGACACCGACCUGGCCGAAACCUGUGAGAACCUCAUACUAAACGGCAUCGACCUGGAGCCAUUCGGUGAUGAUAUACUCAAUCCCGACAUUGACAUUGAAGACUUCUUUGAUUAGUUAAUAUUA